CUUCCGCCCCUCCCGCCCUCUUUCCACGACCUUUACGCGUCGACAGUCCGCACCGCCACCCGCGACGACCCCAGCCUCCACCAGGGCCGCACGCGGCAAAACCCCCACGUGCCGGGCAACUGGCCCAGCCACAUCUACAUCGAGUGGCACCCUCCCUCGGCAGUCCACUCGCUGCUCGUCGAGCUCGUGUCGUCGCUGCAGGCGCAGGCUCGGACGCUCAGCAGCGCGGUCCAAGUCACCAGCCUCCUGCUGAGCGACCUUGCCGCGCCGCAGCCGCUGCACAUCAGCCUGUCGCGGCCAAUUGUCCUCUCCUCGGCGCAGAAGGACACCUUCUCAGCCGAGGUGGAAGCGGCGAUCAGGGCCAGCGGGAUAGCGGCUUUUACGCUGGCUUGCAGCACCGUGGAGUGGCAUCGGACCGCAGAAAGCGGAAGGUCAUUUCUGGUCCUCCGGGUGCAUGGCACUCAGGGAACAAGGGAAGGGGAUACCGAGGACAAUCCAAACCCUGAGUUGACGGAGCUGCUGCGGCGGUGUAAUGCCGUCGUUGCUAAGUACGGGCAGCCGGGGCUGUAUCGAUGGGCCGAGGGCGAUGACGUUUCGCGAGUGUGGAAAGCCUUUCACGUCUCGAUUGCAUGGUCGUUUGCCGAGCCUACUGAGGAGUUGAAGAUGGUGACAGAACGCGUGUUUGGGCAGACCACGGCAAAAGGGCGCAUUCAGGAGGUGCGGGUGCCUGUGGAGGGUAUCAAAGUCAAGAUAGGCAACACGGUGAAUCACGUUGCGCUA